CAGACACUACGCACGCCUAACGCUCACAUUACCUGUUUACUUUUUUUUCCUUUACCAUGACCUCCAGCUGGUUCAUUUUCCGCUCACGAUGAUGAGAAACGCGCACUUUCUUCAGUCAAACUCUACUGUAUCGUUUUUCCUACGCGCGCCGUUCCAUGCGGCUCGUGUCUCUGCCAUUCACAGGAGGGUUUAAUGCCUCUGCUGCAUUUUCGCGGGCGGCCCCGAACGUGGAAGAGCAAGAACGUAUAAAUACUCUAGAGAUGGUCAAGGAGAACCCAGCGCACCAUGUUCUCUCUGCUCGCAUCGGCUGUUGUUCUUACUCUCUUGCGCCCCCAUCCUGCUGCCGGCGUGGCGGUCGCUGCAUCGUCCGAAGGUGGCGGGAAGGGUGAGGCAAACUUGAAAGAAUUCACUAUCGACCUUGUCAACAACGCGUUGGCGCCUGACGGCUUUCUUAGGAGCACAAUUGUUGCCAAUGGAACCUACCCUGGGCCUCCGAUCUUGGUUAACAAGAACGACAUUUUGUCGAUCACGCUUCACAAUGACCUGGUCGAUCCUUCGAUGCGUCUUUCCACUUCACUGGAUCUGGAUGGCAUCUUCUUCACGACAGAGAACUUGUGGAACGAAGGAUCUCCUUUUGUCACUACCUGUCCUAUCGGGCCGGGCGCGUCUUACACUUACAUUGUUGAUCUCAGCGAAUUCGGUCAAACCGGGACCUUCUGGUAUCAUAGUCAAUUGAGCAUUCAGUAUAUUGAUGGAUUCCGUGGCCCAUUGAUCGUCUACGAUCCCGAGGAUCCUCUGGCUCAUCUCUAUGAUGUUGACGAUGAAUCCACGAUCAUCCAACUGGGUGAUUGGUGGCACAACAGCACACUUCCAAUGCUCCAGCAAUUUGAGGCCACUGGAAUUAUCCCUGUCUCCGACUCUGGCACAGUAAACGGCUUUGGCCGCUUCAACGGCGGUCCCGAAAUCGACUGGUCGGUGAUUAAUGUCGUGCCGGGCAAGCGAUACCGGUUCCGCAUCAUCAACGAGUCGGCGCGGAACGUCUUCACUUUCUCGAUUGAUAAGCACAGCUUAACGGUCAUUGAAGCCGACGGAGUGGAGCUCACUCCUUCGGUAGUCGACACCGUUCAGAUGUUAGCUGGUCAACGAUACUCCGUUGUUGUUCACGCCGACCAACGUGUUGACAACUACUGGAUUAAUGCGCCAUAUGUUGGCGGUAACGCGUUGAACAAUUUAAACCAAAACGCUACCUUGUCCCGAGCCAUCUUGCGAUACGCAGGUGCGCCUAGGCAAGACCCUACUGCUCCCAUGACUCAAGGCCCAGUCAACGGCGUUCCUUUGAUUGAAGGCAACCUCCGCCCUCUAGUCCCAGAAUCGGCGCCACCCGCUGACGUGAACAUAACCCUUGAGUUUGUUAACAUUGCCGGAAAAGCAAUUUGGAACGUCAACAAUGUGUCAUACGUUCCUCCUGUGGUUCCUACCCUUAUGAAGGUCAUCGAGGGCGACAUUGAGACUUCCGACUUCAAUGAGACGGAGAACACCUUUAUCCUUCCGGCUAAUAAGACCAUUCAGAUUACAUUCCCACCGAAUGAUGAUGAUGACGCGCAUCCGAUUCAUAUGCAUGGCAUGAACUUCUGGUUGAUCAAGUCCAACAGCACCGACGAGAUUAACACGAAGGAUCCCAUUAAGCGUGACAUUGUUGCCGCCGGUGCUGCUGGUGCUAUGAUUCGGUUCAGGACCGAUAAGCCCGGCCCUUGGUUCUUCCACUGUCACAUCUUCUGGCACUUGCAAGCCGGCCUCGCCACGGUGAUGUUGGCGGAUCCAGGUGACGCCGCCAACCAGAUUGAGCCUGACGCGGUCUGGGACAGUCUCUGCCCUGCAUAUGAUGCCCUUUUCCCGGCACAACAAUGAUAUUUGAAACUCAGGGACGG